CAGGGUCUCCCCACUGUUUUAGCGCAUUUCUCAGAUUCCUGCCCUGUUCCCCUCACACCUGUUUAAACGCCCCUCUGCCUCCUUAAAAGUGUGGUUCUAGCCCAUUCAGGGGGCCUCUGAAUCUGCCUAUGCCACGACUACAGCCCAGAUGAAGGCCCCUACAGCCAUAUUGCCACUCCUCAGUUCCCCUUUUCCAUUGAUGUUAAAACAUUUUUAUACAAAUAAUUUCUGUAGGUGUACAAAUAGUCCUAAUGUUCCUCCUUAGGUGUUUUUAGAUAGUAGUGACUGUUCUCAAAGUAAAGAAUUAAAGGACGUGGCCCCUUGCCACAUUGCCUGUCUGGUUCACGGAGGGUAGUGAUUAUCCGAGUGCUUUCUCAAUGCCCGGCAGAGAACAUGAUGACAAGGUACUGGUAUUUCCCUUAAAGAUCGCAGAGGUACAAUGUAUUUGUCUCUCUUAGUGUGAUAGUUAAGUAACGCAAUAUGAGCUCUGACAGCAAUUUGUCAGAAGCUUGCUGUGUGUUUGUGUGUAGUAGCAUUCUAUACUAAUCCAUCUCAUACAGACUAUUUGAGUUGUCAGUGCCCUAGAAUUUGAAUGUGCAAACUGCUAAUGAUGACCUAUAAGGUUGUUCUGUGGUUAUGCUCAGUGGACUUUUAGUGAUGCAGGCCUGCCUCAAAGAAACAAAAGUGUUGUCACAGGUUACUAACAAAAUGACAAGGCAGUAAAGACUUACUUUUGAUAUCCUUUUUCAGCGUUAGUUACUUGAAACAGAAGUCAACCCUACACCCCCAACCUAAUUAUUGUCUUGCCAAGUAACAGAAGUUAAAACGGAAAAGCCCAGCUGUUUUGAGAGAAGGGGUUCAUUUUGCUGUUCACGCAGGUUUUGUCAAGAAAAUGUCUGUUUUGCUAAUAUUACCCCCUUGGAGUCCAACAUAUGUCUGAACAGAGGUUAACUUGAAAAGGGGUUGAGAAGUUUCAAGUAUUCUGUACUGGGGCAUUAUAGAACUCAUUUGGCAUACGUGUGUCAGUUGAUGAUGAUCAUGCAAUACCAUAUUGGUAUACAGAUGACAUGAAGAGAGAGCCUACAAUGUAUCUCUUCUGAAGAGUACUUCUAACAGGACCAAAUGCAGCUGUAGUGAGGCCAAAACAUCAAGGGCCCCUACCACCCCAUGCACACUUUCUGCCCUCAGCGGGUGCCUGGCUGUCACGGUUUUACGAGUUGUAAGCCUAUUUUAUUUGAAGUUUCCAUUUUAUCGUUAAUUCCCUCAGGUACACACUUAUUAUAGUGCUUAAUGAGCGCUUUAACCAUGUCCACGUCUCGAGGAGAAAAGGAUGGUAGAGGUGCAAGGGGUGGAGUUUCUUGGGGUCAAUAGCCAAUGGAAAGCACCCAAAUUAUGAGUGGCAUUGAGUUCAGUAUUUAUGAACUGUAAAGUUGUCUCAAACUGACACUGGGCUGUGAAGAGAGAUACGAGUACAGGCGAGUGGCAAGGAUGAUUUCUCAGGUUCUCCUGACGGGGACACUAUGUUGCCUACUCCCAGGUUUGCUGGAUGCUACACCACUGAAGGCUAGAGCUGUGAGGGAGGUCAGCAUCGACUCUGCCCAGGCUCGUGGCUUCCUGUCUCAGUCACGCCCCAAACGGAACGUCGAUCACAAGUGGCACCGCGGCACGCCUGAUUUCCAGUCCUACUACAAAUUCUACAACAGCAUCGGCCAUAUUGAAGGACUGUAUGAGAUUGACAGGAUCAGGAUGCUGUAUCAGCAGAUGCGUCACCUGGAGCAGGUCUAUGGGCCAGACGCCUCCAGCUACCAGAAUGCCCUGGGUGUGAUAACCCCACCACCCACCACCAUAGCUCCUACUACCACCACACUGCCUGCUACCACUCAGCCCACUCCUACUACCCAAGCACCACUUUCUUUUACUAAGACUGAAGUCCUGUAUCUGUGUAACCCCAAAGACCCCCUCUGUAAAGCUCACAUCGUCUACCUGCCUGCAGGGGCCAUCCCAGUCCUCUGUGACCCACGCUACAACCCUGCCUGCAAACCCCAAACUGGUAAGGUGGUCAUUGCUGCUGUACCUAUGGAGCCAGCUCCUGCAGCACCUCUGGAGCCAGCUGUUGAAGCACCACCUCCACGAUCUCCUAAGAAGUCUCUCCAACCUCCUCGUCCUCCUCCCAUCGUCAUUAAAGGGAUGGAGUAUGACUGUGACCCUUACUGGGACCCUGACUGCCUGAUCGAUCACCCACCUCGCCCUGUCAAGGCGACUGAGCCACUACCACCACCCCAUACACUCCCCGUUGUUGUGGAGAAGGAGGUGAAGGAAGACGUUGCUCUUGAGGAGACCAAAACACCUUUUGACCUGCGUGAUUUUCAGCAUGACAUAUCUUACCGCUAUUCUGACCAAGCCCCUGACCCGCAGUAGACGAAUAAAACAACAUAAAAUUGACAUACAGUAGUGUUAGUUUACAACAGAAGGUCAGUAAACAAAUACAGGUAGAACAAAACCAUAACUUUUUUAUUAAUGCAUUUUCCCUCCAAGUAUGACACUUUUUCACUUCAUCAGAGAAUAUGGUUUCAGUUUUAGAGACAAGCCUGACAAAAUCUUGUAUUCAACGUGUGUAUGUGAGCCUGUUAUUUUGUUAUUUGUCUGGGUUGUGGACUCUACGAGGUGUUGAAAGCGUUCCACAGACACAGUUGUGUCAUGUUGGCUGGAAGUCCUUUUGAUACACACGGGAAACUGUUGAGCGUGAAAAACCCAGCAGCGUUGCAGUUCUUGAAACACUCAAAGCGGUGUUCCUGGCUCCGACUACCAUACCCCGUUCAAAAGCACUCAAAUAUUUUGUCUUCUCCAUUCACCCUCUGAAUGGAACACAUACACAAUCCAUGUCUCAAUUAUCUCAAGGCUUAAAAAUGAUUCUUUAACCCGUCUCCUCCCCUUCAUCUACACUGAUUUGAAGUGGAUUUAACAAGUGACAUCAAUAAAGGAUCAUAGCUUU